GGACCUUGAUGAUAUGCAGUGCUUUGGGUGUAGUUGAAAUAGGGCUUGCAAAUGAGUCUGCAAGUUCUGUUUCCCGGCGAAAGGUCUUUGCUUUAGUCAAGUUGCGUUCGAGCACCGUAAUUAUUAGGCCGCAUCAUGUGGGCACCUAGAUAAAGAGGCUAUGGGUGCGGCGCAGUGCAGAUGUAGAUGGGGUAUGUGGCGAAGUACAUUGUGUUCCCAGUGCCACGCCUCCUCGUGUCGCUAGGCAGUACCAUCACGAUCACCACAAUCCUCCAACCGGAAAAGACUUUACGCAGCCUCCACAUCAUCUACAUCUACUAUCUGAUUGUUCUUUACGGCCCUGCCGUCUUCAAAACACAGGGUGUAGUUUCGCCUUCCGGGAACAGAUGCGAUGAGGUAAGGUCCUUCACGGGCUCCGCUGGAGUUCAACAAGUAUACCCUAUCUCCGACAUGAAAGAGGGGUCGCUUGGCGCCAAGUCAGUAACACGUAGUGAGGUGUCCUGUGGGCGUACAAACCUGGGCGGAAGCUCUCACGUACGGGCGCUUCCCGACGUCUGUGAUGUCCGUGGGUUGGUUGCUAUUUCCGACGCGUUAGUGGAACAGUAGUGCAUUAAAAGGUAGUGUUACGUACUCCGUAGAGUCAGCCAUGUUGAAGCUGGUGUGUGAAGUGACAAGUUUGUUCGUGUGUUUAGUAAAACCAGUGGCAAUCAUGGGAGAUGUAACCCCGCUUAUGUAUUUCUCGCCUCUCGAAUCCGUCUCUUCCGAUUGUUCAAUUUGCCAAGGCUCAAGUACGAAAAAGGCUCCAUUUCCAGGCAACAAUCGCCUUAAAGAGGCAAC